AUGGACCCGAUCACCGACUUCUUGGAAAGCGAUAAGACCCCUGAUGACGAGAAGUCGGCCAGAGCGUUGAGAAAGGAGGCAGCCAAAUAUGCAAUCAUACAAGGUCAGUUGUUUAAGAAGGGACUCAGCCAACCCUUGCUAAAAUGCCUGCAUCCCGACCAAACGGACUAUGUGCUCAGGGAGGUCCAUGAGGGGUGCUGUGGUCACCACAUCGGGGGCAAAGCCCUAGCAAGAAAGCUCAUCAGAGCUGGUUAUUAUUGGCCAUCAAUGAUAAAGGACUCCAAAGAAUUCGUCAGGAAAUGCGUCAAGUGCUAG